AUGUCGACAACAAAUUUCACCAGAGGUGGAACACUGCCGAAAACAUCUGAAGAACUGCUAUGCUCCCCCUCUUUGGUGGGUGGGCUUCAACCAGCAUCUUUCGCAUCAGUCAACAUUCUCCUCUCCAUCACAACAUUUCUUAGCAAUUCUCUUAUCCUUGUUGCCCUUCACAAGGAAUCUGCCCUCCAUGCGCCGUCCAAACUCUUGUAUCGUUGUCUGGCAACAACUGAUCUGUUGGAUGGUCUUAGUGCUCAGCCUCUCUAUGUUACCUGUUGGAUGUCCGUGGUUCACGAACACUGGACUCUUUGUUAUUACGAAGAGACAGCAGCCUACAUCAUAGGCUCAGCAUUAUGUGGAGUUUCUUUGUUGACGAUGGCGGCAAUAAGCGUGGACAGACUUCUCACCCGUUGGCAGGGCUGAGACACAAAUACAAUACUCAUCACAAUUAGGCAUCGCAUUGGCAAUGGAAGUUAUCUUAUGCCCCAUUCACACCAAAGCUUAAACAUGUUUAAAAGUUGUUUUGUUAAACACAGUUUAAUUUUUUUUUUCUUCAUAGAAACUAUUUAACCGAAUAUUUUUUACUUGAAUGUAGCACAUUGGAAAUGCAAGUUAGCAAGUACUUGAAUCCAAUGGAAAAUCAAGUUUUUCAGUUCUCUGUUUAUAAUUUUCAUUCAAUGAAAACCAGUUUAACAAAACAUGUUUUGCUGGUGUGAAUGGGGUAUUAGUUUUCUUUAACUCGACGUUAAACCCUUUUCUCUAUUGCUGGAAGAUUACUAAAGCGAGACGAGCAAUGAAGCAGACAAUCCGACAUGCACUUUGCUGUCCAUGGAGUUAG